ACAACCACCACUCCAGAACCAACGACCACUUCAGAACCAACUACCACUCCGGAACAAACCACCACCCCGGAACCAACUACCAGUUCAAAACCAACAACCACUCCGGAACAAACCACCACCCCGGAACCAACUACCAAACCAACCACCACUCCAGAGUCAACCACCACCCCAGAACCAACCUCCACUCCAGAACAAACCACCACUCCAAAACCAACAACCACUCCAGAACCAACCACCACUCCAGAACCAACGACCACUUCAGAACCAACUACCACUCCGGAACAAACCACCACCCCGGAACCAACUACCAGUCCAAAACCAACAACCACUCCGGAACAAACCACCACCCCGGAACCAACUACCAGUCCAAAACCAACAACCACUCCAGAACAAACCACCACUCCAGAACCAACCACCACUCCAGAACCAACCACUACUUCUGGACCCAUCACUACUUCAGAACCAACAACCACCCCAGAACAAACCACCACCCCAGAACCAACCUCCACUCCAAAACAAACCACCACUCAAGAACCAACCACAACCCCAGAACCAACCACCACUCCAGAGUCAACCACCACACCAGAACAAACCACAACUCCAGAACCAACCACCACCCCUGAACCAACCACCACUCCAGAACCAACGACCACUUCAGAACCAACUACCACUCCAGAACCAACCACCACUCCGGAACAAACCACCACCCCUGAACCAACCACCACUCCAAAACCAACAACCACUUCAGAACCAACUACCACUCCAGAACCAACCACCACUCCGGAACAAACCACCACCCCGGAACCAACUACCAGUCCAAAACCAACAACCACUCCAGAACAAACCACCACUCCAGAACCAACCACCACUCCAGAACCAACCACUACUUCUGGACCCAUCACCACUUCAGAACCAACAACCACCCCAGAACAAACCACCACCCCAGAACCAACCUCCACUCCAGAACAAACCACCACUCCAGAACCAACCACAACCUCAGAACCAACCACCACUCCAGAGUCAACCACCACACCAGAACCAACCACAACUCCAGAACCAACCACCACCCCUGAACCAACCACCACUCCAGAACCAACGACCACUUCAGAACCAACUACCACUCCAGAACAAACCACCACUCCGGAACAAACCACCACCCCUGAACAAACCACCACUCCAGAACCAACGACCACUUCAGAACCAACUACCACUCCAGAACCAACCACCACCCCGGAACCAACUACCAGUCCAAAACCAACGACCACUUCAGAACCAACAACCACUCCGGAACAAACCACCACCCCGGAACCAACUACCAGUCCAAAACCAACAACCACUCCGGAACAAACCACCACCCCGGAACCAACUACCAAACCAACAACCACCCCAGAACAAACCACCACCCCAGAACCAACCUCCACUCCAGAACAAACCACCACUCAAGAACCAACCACAACCCCAGAACCAACCACCACUCCAGAGUCAACCACCACACCAGAACAAACCACAACUCCAGAACCAACAACCACCCCUGAACCAACCACCACUCCAGAACCAACGACCACUUCAGAACCAACUACCACUCCAGAACCAACCACCACUCCGGAACAAACCACCACCCCUCAACCAACCACCACUCCAGAACCAACGACCACUUCAGAACCAACUACCACUCCAGAAUCAACCACCACUCCGGAACAAACCACCACCCCUGAACCAACCACCACUCCAGAACCAACGACCACUUCAGAACCAACUACCACUCCGGAACAAACCACCACCCCGGAACCAACUACCAGUCCAAAACCAACAACCACUCCGGAACAAACCACCACCCCGGAACCAACUACCAGUCCAAAACCAACAACCACUCCAGAACAAACCACCACCCCAGAACCAACCUCCACUCCAAAACAAACCACCACUCAAGAACCAACCACAACCCCAGAACCAACCACCACUCCAGAGUCAACCACCACACCAGAACAAACCACAACUCCAGAACCAACCACCACCCCUGAACCAACCACCACUCCAGAACCAACGACCACUUCAGAACCAACUACCACUCCAGAACCAACCACCACUCCGGAACAAACCACCACCCCUGAACCAACCACCACUCCAGAACCAACAACCACUUCAGAACCAACUACCACUCCAGAACCAACCACCACUCCGGAACAAACCACCACCCCGAAACCAACUUCCAGUCCAAAACCAACAACCACUCCAGAACAAACCACCACUCCAGAACCAACCACCACUCCAGAACCAACCACUACUUCUGGACCCAUCACCACUUCAGAACCAACAACCACCCCAGAACAAACCACCACCCCAGAACCAACCUCCACUCCAGAACAAACCACCACUCCAGAACCAACCACAACCUCAGAACCAACCACCACUCCAGAGUCAACCACCACACCAGAACCAACCACAACUCCAGAACCAACCACCACCCCUGAACCAACCACCACUCCAGAACCAACGACCACUUCAGAACCAACUACCACUCCAGAACAAACCACCACUCCGGAACAAACCACCACCCCUGAACAAACCACCACUCCAGAACCAACGACCACUUCAGAACCAACUACCACUCCAGAACCAACCACCACCCCGGAACCAACUACCAGUCCAAAACCAACGACCACUUCAGAACCAACAACCACUCCGGAACAAACCACCACCCCGGAACCAACUACCAGUCCAAAACCAACAACCACUCCGGAACAAACCACCACCCCGGAACCAACUACCAGUCCAAAACCAACAACCACUCCAGAACAAACCACCACUCCAGAACCAACCACCACUCCAGAACCAACCACUACUUCUGGACCCAUCACCACUUCAGAACCAACAACCACCCCAGAACAAACCACCACCCCAGAACCAACCUCCACUCCAGAACAAACCACCACUCAAGAACCAACCACAACCCCAGAACCAACCACCACUCCAGAGUCAACCACCACACCAGAACAAACCACAACUCCAGAACCAACAACCACCCCUGAACCAACCACCACUCCAGAACCAACGACCACUUCAGAACCAACUACCACUCCAGAACCAACCACCACUCCGGAACAAACCACCACCCCUCAACCAACCACCACUCCAGAACCAACGACCACUUCAGAACCAACUACCACUCCAGAAUCAACCACCACUCCGGAACAAACCACCACCCCGGAACCAACUACCAGUCCAAAACCAACAACCACUCCAGAACAAACCACCACUCCAGAACCAACCACCACUCCAGAACCAACCACUACUUCUGGACCCAUCACCACUUCAGAACCAACAACCACGCCAGAACAAACCACCACCCCAGAACCAACCUCCACUCCAGAACCUGAACCAACCACCACUCCAGAACCAACAACCACUUCAGAACCAACUACCACUCCAGAACCAACCACCACUCCGGAACAAACCACAACCCCGGAACCAACUACCAGUCCAAAACCAACGACCACUUCAGAACCAACUACCACUCCGGAACAAACCAGCACCCCGGAACCAACUACCAGUCCAAAACCAACAACCACUUCAGAACCAACUACCACUCCGGAACAAACCACCACCCCGGAACCAACUACCAGUCCAAAACCAACAACCACUCCAGAACAAACCACCACUCCAGAACCAACCACCACUCCAGAACCAACCACUACUUCUGGACCCAUCACCACUUCAGAACCAACAACCACCCCAGAACAAACCACCACCCCAGAACCAACCUCCACUCCAGAACAAACCACAACUCAAGAACCAACCACAACCCCAGAACCAACCACCACUCCAGAACCAACCACCACUCCGGAACAAACCACCACCCCGGAACCAACUACCAGUCCAAAACCAACGACCACUUCAGAACCAACUACCACUCCAGAACCAACAACCACUUCAGAACCAACUACCACUCCAGAACCAACCACCACUCCGGAACAAACCACAACCCUGGAACCAACUACCAGUCCAAAACCAACGACCACUUCAGAACCAACUACCACUCCGGAACAAACCAGCACCCCGGAACCAACUACCAGUCCAAAACCAACAACCACUCCGCAACAAACCACCACCCCGGAACCAACUACCAAACAAACCACCACCCCAGAACCAACCUCCACUCCAGAACAAACCACAACUCAAGAACCAACGACCACUUCAGAACCAACUACCACUCCAGAACCAACCACCACUCCGGAACAAACCACCACCCCGGAACCAACUACCAGUCCAAAACCAACAACCACUCCAGAACAAACCACCACUCCAGAACCAACCACCACUCCAGAACCAACCACUACUUCUGGACCCAUCACCACUUCAGAACCAACAACCACCCCAGAACAAACCACCACCCCAGAACCAACCUCCACUCCAGAACAAACCACCACUCAAGAACCAACCACAACCCCAGAACCAACCACCACUCCAGAGUCAACCACCACACCAGAACAAACCACAACUCCAGAACCAACCACCACCCCUGAACCAACCACCACUCCAGAACCAACGACCACUUCAGAACCAACUACCACUCCAGAACCAACCACCACUCCGGAACAAACCACCACCCCUGAACCAACCACCACUCCAGAACCAACGACCACUUCAGAACCAACUACCACUCCAGAACCAACCACCACUCCGGAACAAACCACCACCCCGGAACCAACUACCAGUCCAAAACCAACAACCACUCCAGAACAAACCACCACUCCAGAACCAACCACCACUCCAGAACCAACCACUACUUCUGGACCCAUCACCACUUCAGAACCAACAACCACCCCAGAGCAAACCACAACUCCAGAACAAACCACCACCCCUGAACCAACCACCACUCAAGAACCAACCACCACUCCAGAACCAACCACUUCUUCUGGACCCAUCACCACUUCAGAACCAACCACCACACCAGAACAAACCACAACUCCAGAACAAACCACCACCCCUGAACCAACCACCACUCCAGAACCAACGACCACUUCAGAACCAACUACCACUCCAGAACCAACCACCACUCCGGAACAAACCACCACCCCUGAACCACCAGAACCAACCACCACUCCGGAACAAACCACCACCCCUGAACCAACCACCACUCCAGAACCAACGACCACUUCAGAACCAACUACCACUCCAGAACCAACCACCACUCCGGAACAAACCACCACCCAGGAAACAACCACCAGUCCAAAACCAACAACCACUCCAGAACAAACCACCACUCCAGAACCAACCACCACUCCAGAACCAACCACUACUUCUGGACCCAUCACCACUUCAGAACCAACAACCACCCCAGAACAAACCACAACUCCAGAACAAACCACCACCCCUGAACCAACCACCACUCCAGAACCAACCACUACUUCUGGACCCAUCACCACUUCAGAACCAACCACCACACCAGAACAAACCACAACUCCAGAACAAACCACCACCCCUGAACCAACCACCACUCCAGAACCAACGACCACUUCAGAACCAACUACCACUCCAGAACCAACCACCACUCCGGAACAAACCACCACCCCUGAACCAACCACCACUCCAGAACCAACGACCACUUCAGAACCAACUACCACUCCAGAACCAACCACCACUCCGGAACAAACCACCACCCCGGAACCAACUACCAGUCCAAAACCAACAACCACUCCAGAACAAACCACCACUCCAGAACCAACCACCACUCCAGAACCAACCACUACUUCUGGACCCAUCACCACUUCAGAACCAACAACCACCCCAGAACAAACCACCACCCCAGAACCAACCUCCACUCCAGAACAAACCACCACUCAAGAACCAACCACAACCCCAGAACCAACCACCACUCCAGAGUCAACCACCACACCAGAACAAACCACAACUCCAGAACCAACCACCACCCCUGAACCAACCACCACUCCAGAACCAACGACCACUUCAGAACCAACUACCACUCCAGAACCAACCACCACUCCGGAACAAACCACCACCCCUGAACCAACCACCACUCCAGAACCAACGACCACUUCAGAACCAACUACCACUCCAGAACCAACCACCACUCCGGAACAAACCACCACCCCGGAACCAACCACCAGUCCAAAACCAACAACCACUCCAGAACAAACCACCACUCCAGAACCAACCACCACUCCAGAACCAACCACUACUUCUGGACCUAUCACCACUUCAGAACCAACAACCACCCCAGAACAAACCACCACCCCAGAACCAACCUCCACUCCAGAACCAACCACCACUCCAGAACAAACCCCUACCCCAGAACCAACCCCCACUCAGGAACCAACCACUACUCCAGAACCAACCACCACCCAAGUACCAACCUCCACCCAAGUAACAACACAAUGUGCACCACCAAAUGUGAAUGUGCCGACUGUUGGUCCGCAGUGUCUAGCUGUUGGUGUAACCACACUUUCUGUGACUUGGACUAAUGUAACCGCCACCAAUGCUGUAGGUGGGAGCAUCAUUUGUACCGAUUCUGGAGACGGAACUGGAGUGACGACCUCUGGUGGCACCUUUGGAGCAGGAUCACACACAAUCACGUGCAGUGUAACUCUUUCUGAGUAUUGCUAUGGCUCCAAUAGCUUCACCUUUCUCGUAUUAGCGACACCAAUUGUGUAUGUGCCAACAGUGAGUUCAAAGUGUGCAGAUGUUGGUGCAUCUACGGCCUCUGUAACGUGGCCAGUCGUAACUGCCACCAAUGCUGCGGGAGGGAGCAUCUCUUGCAGUGAUUCUGGAGAUGGAGCCGGUGUGACAACCACCGGUGGAACAUUUGGAGUAGGAUCGCAUACGGUCACGUGCACUGUAACUAAUUCUGGCAACUGCACAGGCUCCAAUAGUUUCACGUUUGUUGUUGCAGGUAUUGAGCAUGACUAG